ACAGUCUUGGGUCCUUCAAAGCGUAGUUCGGGAGCUGCUGCUGAGUGUCGGAUCGUUUGACAGGUGAAGCGGAGUGUCAGACAUAACGCGCACAGAACAAAAUGGCUUCCAUGUUGCUGACGACGAUGCGGAGCUGCCACGUCAGCCCUUCCUUGGCGAUGCGGUUUGGGGCCCGCUCUCUCAGUACGACAGCUCAGCUCCAGGCUCAGGUUCAGACAAAAAGCAAAAAGACACUGGCCCGGCCUGGUGUGAAGAACAUAGUUCUGGUGGAAGGAGUCCGAACACCUUUCCUGUUGUCUGGAACCACAUAUGCUGAUCUCAUGCCACACGACUUGGCCAGAGCAGCUCUGCAGGGUCUGCUCAACAAGACGGGUGUACCCAGAGAUGCUGUGGACUACAUCAUAUAUGGGACAGUCAUUCAGGAGGUCAAAACCAGCAAUGUAGCACGAGAGGCAGCUUUGGGUGCUGGCUUCUCCGACAAGAUCCCAGCUCACACCGUCACUAUGGCCUGCAUCUCCUCCAACCAGGCAAUGACCUCAGGUGCCGGUCUGAUCGCUGCAGGCCAGUGUGACGCCAUUGUUGCAGGAGGCGUCGAGUUCAUGUCCGACGUUCCCAUCCGUCACAGCCGUAAGAUGAGGAAGACCAUGCUGGCCCUCAACAAGGCCAAAACCGUCGGACAGAGGCUCGGUCUGAUCGGCAGCAUCCGCAUGGCUCACCUCGCCCCAGAGCUUCCCGCAGUGGCUGAGUUCUCCACAGCUGAAACCAUGGGUCACAGCGCCGAUCGUCUGGCCGCUGCAUUCGGGGUCUCCAGACUGGAGCAAGACGAGUUUGCUCUGAGGUCACACACUCUGGCCAAAAAGGCGCAGGACGGCGGCCUGUUGGAGGACGUCAUCUCCUUCAAAGUGCCGGGUCGUGACAUUGUGUCCAAGGACAACGGCAUCCGUCCCUCCUCCAUGGAGCAAAUGAGCAAACUGAAGGCCGCCUUCGUAAAACCUCACGGCACUGUCACCGCCGCCAACUCUUCCUUCCUGACUGACGGUGCCUCUGCUGUGCUCAUCAUGUCUGAAGAGAAAGCCUUGGCUAUGGGUUACAAGCCUAAAGCCUACCUCAGAGACUUUGUCUACGUAUCCCAGGACCCCAAAGAUCAGCUGCUUUUGGGGCCAACGUACGGUACACCCAAAGUCCUGGAGCGCGCUGGCUUGACGAUGAAUGACAUCGACGUCUUUGAAUUUCACGAGGCGUUUGCAGGGCAGAUCAUGGCAAAUCUGAAGGCGAUGGACUCCGAUUGGUUCGGCCAGACGUACUUGGGCAGAAAGUCGAAGGUGGGGGCUCCUCCCAUGGAGAAGUUCAACCUGUGGGGGGGCUCCCUCUCUCUGGGUCACCCGUUCGGUGCCACAGGCUGCAGGCUGGUGACCACAGUGGCACACCGGCUGAAGAAGGAGGGAGGACAGUACGGGCUGGUGGCUGCUUGUGCCGCAGGAGGACAGGGUCACGCCAUGGUCAUCGAGGCCUAUCCCCAAUAAACAGAAAACAUCAUCUGCAACCUAAAAUCUUCAGAUUCACCAUGACGACGACACGCUCGCUUACAUCCAGACAACAGAGUGUACAUACUAGCACCACUUUGCCUUGAUCAGAGAAGUGUCGCAUGCAGUACGGAGGGUGUUUAAGGGAUCCUGUGUAAAUUGAGCUUUUUAAAUUAUAGCAUAGAGAAUGUCGUCGAGGAAUGUUUGCCUUUGAUUUCGCGGACUUUGUGGUGCGACUGAGUCGAUGUCGUCACUGAGUCGAAUGUAACAUAGUCAAAUGGAAGCACUCAGAAGAGCAGGAGUGAUCAUCAUGUUUAUAUUUGCUGUAAAAUGUUUUUUCUAACCCACUGUUGGAAUUAAAUGGUGUGAUGAUAAUCACAUUAGAACACA